ACCACGCUUGAAGCAAAGACAAAUCAACUCCUGAACAACUUGGUUGGAAUUGGAUUGCCAUUUGUUGGACAGUUCCUGCAGUCCUGGUACAGUCCAAAUGUGUCGCACAAUCGAUUAUGAAUUCUCGAUUAAUCGGUUUUCCCCACAGUCCAUUAUCGAUUACGAAUAUUAGAACUUUGAGUACUAAAAGUGGAUUAAUCGACAAAUCAAAAAUCGAGUUGGUUCUCCCUAAAUGAGAUACAGUAUAGUUCGUUUUGUUCGAGUAAAUAUGUAAGAAGUUUAAAGUGACAUUUUGACAAUUUCCGAAUUUCUGUGUGAAAUCAAUAAAGAAACCUUGUCGCAACACCAAAAAUUGCGAUGUAAAAUUGAUAGAAUUGCAAGUGAAAAGUGAAAUUUUCUAAAAGUAUUGAUACAGUUUUUCAUAUUAUACAUAAAGAAGCGGCCGAAGGAAAAACAGGAAUAUUUUUUGUCGACUGUGACAAGUUUUAUACUUUGCAAACCGAAAUAAUUAUCAUAAAUGCCAAGAAAUUUAUUACAAAGAAGUGAUUCAUAAAGUAUAAAAAAUUCUUCAACCACAAAACAAAUGCAAGUUAACCAAAAUUAUAAUUAUACAACGAGGAUAGAAUUAUAGGGCGAAUAAGAGAUAUAGAUAUUUAGAUAAACAAAACGCAAUUGAAGUGCAUUUCAGUUCAUUACGGAAAUUUUGUUGCUCAAACUCUAAGAAAGGAGAACAUAAAACAGAAACUCGAAAACAUAAAUAAUCCAACACCAAACAAAUGCAGUAAAAAGUGUAAAAAGUCUCGACAAACAAGAACAGCAGACAGACAACAGACAAGUGAUCAUCCAGCCAGCUAGAAGACACUAGGAAACAGCAAACAAUGGCGAGCGAAAUUGACGAUCUGAUUGAAAAAUUUAAAGCCACCACCGUUAAUCCCACCAAUAUUCCAGACAACGCUACUACCAUUUUGAGUGAGAUAGCUGCCACAAAAGACCCAAAACUUUUUGACAAAUAUGAACUAUCCGAGGAAUUUUUAACCUUGAUCCAAUGUGAUAAUGCCACCGUUUGCAAGGAGGCGUGUAAAUGUAUAGCAGAGCUAACCAAGUCGGAGGAACAGCGAAAAAAAUUUACCAAACCGGAAGUGAUUAAAGCGUUCAUCGACUAUCUGCGGAAUAUUAAUAAUGAAUGCGACAACAUGGAGUUGACCAUACAAAACUGCAGAGCCUUGGGAAACAUUUGCUACUUGAAUGACGAUGCUCGAGAGAUAAUACUGGACCUUAAGGGAGAUUUGGUCUUGAUCAAACUACUUGAUAUAAUAAGCUUAAAGGAUAAAACAAAUGCUCUGCAAUUCAUAAAAGUGAGAGGAGGUCUGUUAUCGAAUUACUUGCUUGGUGGCGAAACUUUUUCAAAACGGGCCAUGGACUUAAACAUCAUGACAAAAAUUUCAAAGAUAAUCGCCAUCGGUGUAGAGAAUGUUGAGGAAAAUGAAGAUCUACUUUUAAAUACUCUGCCACUGAUGAGUAUACUAACCGAGAACGUGGCCGAUUUGAAUUUCGAUCCAAAUGUAAACUUACAACUAGCCCGAGUUUUAGCCGCCUCAACGAACCCUGACUUAGCAGAAAUGUGCCUUGAACUUUUACAUUACCAGGCCGAAAAUGAUGACGUCAAAGUUUUACUGGCAAAAGAUGGACUCUGUGAAACCAUUUAUCAGCUGUUGGAAAAAUAUAAAACUCUGGCCCGCACUAGUGAAGCUCGAGCUCUGAUGAAACUCGCCUGUGAAUUAAUUGUUCUUGUUUUGACGGGAGACGAAUCCAUGAAUUACUUGUAUACAACGUCGUUACUCAAAAACAUGGAAGAUUGGCUAGAUUCAGAUGAUGUCGAUCUAUUGACCACCGGUGUGCUUGCUUUGGGAAACUUUGCCCGAACUGAUAGUCAUUGCAUUCAUAUGGUCGAAAACAAGACUAUGAACAAACUUCUUGAAGUUCUGUCCAAAAAUAAUGGCGUACGGGAUGAUGUACGACUCCAGCAUGCUUUGCUAAGUACGCUACGGAAUUUGGUUAUUCCAAAGGUAAAUAAAAGUGCGGUUAUACAAGCUGGACUUGUAGAGACUAUAUUGCCUAUGCUGGAAAUACACCAACCACCGGUCGUCUUUAAACUGCUUGGAACAUUACGAAUGACGGUUGAUGGUCAAGAAAAACUGGCAUUGGAACUUUUGAAAAAUUCCACACUCAUCGAUCAGUUGGUACACUGGAGUAAAAGCUCAGAUUAUGCCGGAGUUACUGGCGAAUCCUAUCGCCUUAUGGCUUGGCUAAUUAAGCAUGCCUAUCUCAGUAAAAUUGCCUACGCUUUGCCGCGCAAGGGUGAUGCGCCAGCUGAACAAUUGGCCGAUAAAAUUCCCAGCAUGGAUUACGAUCGCAGCAGUUUAGACAAAUUCAUUAGCCAUGAGGGAUCGGUUGAAGCGAUGAUCAAUAUGUUAACAUCUCAGCACUUGGUAAUGCAAAAUGAAGCACUGAUUGCUCUGUGUAUACUUUGUGUGGUUUAUUUGAGUUCGUCAUCGUCCAAGACGGAGGAAUCGGCGACACAAUUGCAAGAUGCCUUCAUAAAAUAUGAAGUUGGUAAAAAACUGGCAGAGCUCAUUAAUAAAUCCUCCGAUACAAUGACAAAAGAGAUUGUGGAAAACUUACAAAAUUUUAUAAACCUCUUACGUACCUCUGAAAAUUUAGUGAGUCAUUUAGAAGCGCACAAUAUAAAUGAGUUAUUAAAGACGAUACCGAUUUUAACAGAAUAUUGCACAAUAUAAGCAUGCAGGUUAAAUUUGAGUGAGAUUUCUAUAUGACAGUCUUAAAACUGCAGAUAAUGUAUGUAUGAUUAUCAUGUUAGGGAAUGUUUUGGUUGAUUGAUUGGUACUAAAAUAUAGAAUGUUUAAAAUGAUGUUGGUAUGAGAUAUUGCACAAUUAAAACAAAUGAACAAGUUAAAAGAAAAUAAUAAGCCAACUUUAAAUAGGCGGUUCAUUAUUAAAUAACAGGACUCCACAAUGAAUAAAUCCAUGAACACAGUGAACGUAAUUUAAUCAAUGAGAAUUUUAACAACAUAGAUUCUUCACGAUGGUUUUGAGUCGGUUUCCUUAAUUUGUAACUGGUUCGAAUCUCCUUACAAAUAAAAUAGUGUGCCCUUGAAAGAAUUUCAAGAGAUCUCAUUUGAUUUGUAUCUCUUCGGGACCAUUAUUUUUCAAUAAGAAAAGUGUUUUUGUUAUAUAUUCUCUUUGUCAAUUUUUUUUUCAAGAAAUAAUUUCAAUCAACAUCAGGAACUUGAUUCUGCAUCUCCUGUGGACUCUAAAUGAAUUAAAGCGAGAGUGAACGGAAAACAAUAUUGAAGAAUGUAAACAAUGACAUAUUUUAAAAUAUUUGUGGGUCAUGCCAUCUGUGUCCAUCUAUUUGUUUGUGGUUUUUACAAAUAUGGGAAAUACAGUAGAAUCAAAUGGAUAUAACAUUUCAAUAGGUUAAUUUUGCCAAUGUUCUCGACAUCGUGUGAUGAAUAUAAAAUGUUUAUAAUUCGCAUUGGUUUAGUCUUCAUUCUGAUUUUGUGUUUUGUUCAACAUCUUUGCACUUAUUUAAAUAUGAUGCUGUGCAUCAUUUUUAACGAUGAACCUCACUUAAGAAUUUUAAUAUCAUUAUUUAAGUAACCUUUUUGGCUUCAUGAACGGUUUCGUUGCCAAAAAUUUUCUAGUGUAAAGCAAUUAUGUUGAUCAAUUUUAAAGUAUUCAAGCCUUUUUUACAAUCCUACAAUCCAAUCCUACACAGUAAACGUUACUUGUGUGUUGGACGAAAAUACAGUGCAAAAAAUAAAACAAUUGCAUUUAUGUUAAAACACUUAAAGACUUAAUUUCUUUCUUCCGGUUACCAUUUAUUUUGCAAGACUAUAAUUAUAAGGCAAAAGAGUCAGUGGUAGUUACAAUCUUAGGACAACGAUUCAAAUAUUAGACUUGUAGUUUUAAAAGCAUUGCAAUUAUGUAGAUUUAUACACCGAUUUAUGGUUAAAAUAAUAAUAAUAAUAGUAAUAUAUAUACAUCUUAUCUUAACUGAUAAAACCAUAACAAUCAGCGAAUGUAAGGGAAAACUUUUCCAAAAGAAAAUGGAAAAUAAUGACAAAAAAAACAAAGUUUAUUGCAACAAGAAAUCUAGUGAACAAAAAAUGGUUGAAACGAUGUUAAGCAUUAUGUAGGUAUACCAAUAAUCCUCCGCGUUAUAUCGUCAAGCUUUUUUUUGUUGUUGGUCAAAUACAUAUACAUAAUAAAUUUUUUGAAAAAGGAAACAAUAUUUUUAAAUUUCAUAUUACUGAAACAAACAAACAUGUACUAGAAAUCCCCGUAUUGUUUUGAAAAUUAUUGCCUUUUAAGAGAUAAAACAUUAAGAUAUAGGAAAACAGAAUGCUGCGAUCCAGAUGAUUGUGAAUAAUAUUUUUGUCUUAAUAUAAUAUAAAUAAAAAUAAACACAGUUGUACCAAUGCGACAAGAUUUACAAUUAUUUUCUUUGUAAGUUUCAAUAUAACAUUUUAAUUAAACACCAACCAUAUAAGUAUAUUUUAUAUUAAAGACAGUAAGCACCAUUUUCAGCACAGUUUUUCUUUAAUUUGUUGUAGCAAAAAUAUGCAUGCAAAAACAAUCAAUAACCAAAAAACAACACUUGAUUACAAAUUGUGCAGACUUUUUAUUAUUACAGCAUUACAUUGCAUUUAUACAAACAAUAUAAUUAAUAGAUUAUUAAUAAAAGAGAAAAUAUAUACACCAAUUUACUUAAAGAAUUCAAAUAAAAUUUGAAAUUUUAUUCAAGAAACAUAAUUCGCUGUAUUUGCAGUACGAUAUUCACCGAGAUGUUUACAACGCCUACUUCCAUCCAAAAUUUAAUCUGGCGUCUAUCGACCAAUCCAAUAACCAUUAAAAUCAUGAUGUUUUUCCUACUCAGGCAAUGUAAACGUCUUAAUAAGAAACAUCUUUAAACAAAAAAUAAUAAAGAAUUCUAGUUAAGAGGCACAAAUAAAAAGCUAUUUAUUAAAUUUACAAA